CAACUACAAUACAACACGUACAUACGACUAUACACACAUACAUACGCAAAAGUUUAUUUAUUUUGAUAAUGAGCCGCAGGUCUAGCAACGGGGUCCACCAGGCGACUUCAGGGCAUGCAGAAGCGCGCGAAACGAACGACAGCGACGGGGCCAUCAAUGGCCCGAUUGUCUUUAGCUGUGCGAAAUGCCGAACAAUCCUCGGCGACACGUUCGCCUACGUAGCCUCUCUUCCCGAACGCAAUCUCUUUGGCCUUCAAUCAGUUCCUGACAGCGUAGUUGUUAGCAAAGUGAAAAGAAACACAGAUGACGGCAUAUACCACGAGCUCAACUGCAGCGAAUGCCAGGCAGGGAUAGGACGGCGCUACGUGACAACUACAGAGGAUCUGGACAGUGUCCGCAACACGUUUGCUCUGGAUAUUGACAGGGUUUUGACAUACGAGCUAGGAAAUGCUUGAAGGGCGAGGAGAACGUGAGGCGGCCGACAGCCGAGUUUUACACGAGCGUUGGGUUUCAUAAUGAUCUGGGCAUGGUCAAGAGCAAUGUCACAGCGAUUGCCGCGCGGUUGCAAAAGUUGGAGCAGGCGUUGAUGCAGGCCAAAAAUCCAGUGAAUAGCCCGCCAGUGGCUGGUGGGUCUAGGAAGAGAGCGUCAGCGAGUGGCGCAGAUAUUUAUCCAGUUGACCCGUCAAAGCGGUUCGGGCGGUGACGUGUUGGCACUACUACUAUAAGCACCAGUGAAUGAAAAAUUGGUUCUCCGCAG